CUUGGUACACACACACACCGAUUCGAUCAUACACCAUCAGCUCCUCACCACUGCCAGCUUCAGUCGUGGGCAUCGCAAAGGGCAUAGAGAGAUAGGCGAGAGGCAAUCGGCUGCCCCUUCGUCAUCUCCCCGCCCAAGGUCACGGUCACAUCCAAAGCAUAGAUCGGACUACCCCAGUCCACUCAGCAUACAAACAGCAUACAUACCCACGUCCUCUCAUUACCCAGCAUAACCCCUCCCUUCCCGGCUUCACACUAGACGACACCGCAAUGCUCGCACACAGCCCAAGAGCGGUCGACUUGGCCAGAUAUGGGCCAUCGUCCUCCCAAUCGGCUACCGGCUCCUCAUCUUCUGCGCCACAGAACUGGCAGCAACAACAACAACAACAAUUGGUUACCUGUCCCGACGACUCCGAUUUCCUCGACAGUGAUGCUGAUGGAGAGGCUUGUGAGGUCGAAGAGGAUCUCGGAUUAGCUAGCACCCAAGGCUCGCAGGCCGGCACCGCUUCUGAGCCUGCCUUGGCUCCCGAGCAGGGGCUCAUCUAUGUUUCGCACCGCCUCUACUUCACCUAUUUCGCCGAUACGCUACCCAAUCCAGACUAUCUCAAUCAAGGUGACGGUUGUGCUUCAGCUCUCUUCGAGCCUCCCAGUCGGCAGCUGCGUCCUGGAGAGUCCGCCCCAGAGUACCCUGACAAGUACCAUUGGUUCAACAUCGAUGAAGACCUCGUCUACCUCAGCUUCUUUGAGGACUGGGGACCACUCAAUGUGGGCCUCUUCUACCGUUUCUGCAUGCACACCCACCAGCUACUCAACGAUCCAAGCUUGGCAGAUCGGGCAUUUGUAUUCUACACCUCUAGCAACCCCUGUCGAAAGGCCAACGGAUCCCUCCUGGCAGCCAUGUACUCGAUGAUCAUCGAUCACAUUGAGCCAGCCGAUGCCUUCCAUCCUUUCAGUCAGCUGGAAUUCAGGCCUUUCAGAGAUGCUGGCUAUGGAAGAGCUGACUACUAUCUCACAAUACAGGACAUCCUCUACGGAGUUCACCGUGCCAUCGAGGAGAAGUUGCUGGACCUGUCCACGUUCAGCCUCGAAGAGUAUGAGCAUUACGAACAAGUGCAGAACGGAGAUUGGAACUGGAUCACACCCAGCUUCCUCGCAUUCGCCAGUCCGAAUGACCGCGAGUACGUAGCUGAGAUCAAGGCGAAUGGAGGUCUGUUGCCGGCAGCUGGCUCAAGGAUGGGUAGGAAGCUACCGAAAGUUAUCACAAAUACCGUAAGGUACUUCAAGGAGCGCAAUGUUCAGCUCGUGGUACGUCUUAAUAAUCCUCUGUACGACAAGGACAUCUUCGAGGAGGCUGGUAUCCAGCAUGUAGACAUGUACUUUGAUGACGGGUCCAAUCCCUCAGAAGAGAUCUUGAGAGACUUCAUCCGUCGGGCUCACAAGGUCAUCCAGCGAGGAGGUUCAAUUGCAGUUCACUGCAAAGCCGGACUGGGUCGCACAGGUGUGCUGAUUGGCGCCUACCUCAUCUGGAGGUAUGGAUUCAGCGCAUCAGAAGUCAUUGGCUUCAUGAGGAUCAUGAGGCCAGGUUGCGUAGUGGGACCGCAGCAACACUUCAUGUACCAAAACUUUGCCCAGUGGAUCAGAUGGAGCGUCAAGGAUCACGCUGUGGCUCAAGCGAAGAAGAUCAUCGAGGCGGAGCGAGCGCAGAUGGCUGCAAAGGGUGUGCCGGUAGAGAGCGCGGUGCGCCGACUUAAGAGGCACUCAGAGGAAGGUCUUGAUGAUAGUCGUCAUGGAGCAGAUCGACUAGUAUCUCCUGACCCUGUCACGCCACAGGCAAGGAAGCUUCCGCGUGUCAUCCCAGCUACAGCAGCUCCAGCCGUCAAGCCCGUACCGUGCGUUGGACAACCUAGGAAGAGCCCCAGUCCCUCUCGUAAGCGUCCUGCGAACGUUGUGCAAGCACCAAGCAGCCGUCUUUGCUCUGCCACCUUGCAGCCCUCAAGCUCUGUCAACGAGCUACCACGAUCUCACAGCGAGGAGUCCCUGAGCUCUCUGAAGCAUGCGGAGAAGGACAAGUCCACACCCGGCUCCCCAGGUGGACUCGGUGUGACUUCGCUGCGCGACAGUUGGGAGAAGAUUGCCGGUACUGUCUCGCCUCCGCGCAGCCCAAAGACGGCAGCGACAGAAGAUCAGGCUCGCACACCGACUUCGACGACGACUGCAAGUCGUGUACUCGCUGAGGCUCAGCGGCUGAACAACGCAACACCUGAGAGACGGACGCCAGGAGAGAAGGAGGACGCAAGUCAAGACGUCGUUGGCUCCGUGAAGAUCAUAGCCAGCCCCGCUCGAUCGGUCACCGUCGUGCGUCCGGCUCACGAGCGAUCGCGAUCUGAAGCCUCUCCUUCUGCACGCGAAGAAAUCGACUCGCCCCUUGGCACCCCUAGAGCCAACCGUGUUCCCUCCUUUGCCGCUUCGCCCCAAGUCAAGGCGGCCUACAACCUCAAGCCCACUCCUCGCUCUUCACCACAGCCUCAAAAUGCCGGUGGACAGUGGUCGACAAAUGCAGCAGACCACGGCACGACUUCUAGCAAGGCAGUGCUGCCUUCCAGCUCUCAACAGUCCGACGCAGAGGUCCUCGGCGUGCUCGGCAUCAACCCCUCCGAGGACAAGACGACGACCACACGACCGUCCCUUCGCACCUUUGGCCGCACGCCUUCGUCGAACAACUCGAUCAGUCCUGCCAAGAUCCGCGCGCCGGUGAUGAGUGCAGGCAGGUCGAUGGGUGUUUCGAGUACAACAGCAGGUACAGCUAUGCCCUCGACCUCUGUUCGACCCAGUGCAUCACGAACAACGAGUGCCAGCCGCUCCACUAGUGGUUCCAACGCAGCUGCGAGUCGGCCGACUACCACGAAUGGUACAAGCUCCUCUCGCGUAAGACCCACUACCACUGCCACCACUCGCACCGCGCCGAGCAGCACAACAAGAGGUGAAGCACCCUCUGAUCGUCUGACCAAUACGUUGCGCAAGACUAGUCGAAGUGGCGCAAAUGCCAAUGCCAAUGGCAAUUCCUCUUCCUCUUCAGCUUCAGGAAGUGGAAAUGGAGGCUUGAGCAACGGCCCUGCUAACAGUCUCAAGUCCACCAGCACAGUCCCAGUCUCCAACAGUGGCAAUGCUGCCAUGCUCGCUGCACGUGCCAACUUGAAGCGCGCUAGACCCAGUCCGGAUGUAGUGCAGGGUGAAUUCGCACCCGCGGUUGCUGCAGUCGGGGUUGGGAGGGGAGGAGCGUCUCUUACCAAGACCGGAGGAGCGGGAGCAGGAGUUGGCGGAAGAAUGGGAGUGGAAGCAACAACGGGGAGAGGAGGUGUAUCCUCCUCCUCCUCUCGACCUCCUACUAGCUCUACAGCUACGAGUACCGCGGCCCGAAUGGGACGAAAUGUUCGCAGGAGGAGAAGCAGUCUGGGUGCGGCGGACAUUGGGAUGGCCUAAGGGAGGGAGAGAGGGAGGGAGGGAGAGAGAGGGAGAGGGUCGUCGAGCUUCCUUAUACUGGUUUCAAGCUCACGACCGACGACCGACGUCUGGCGUCCGGCGUCCAGUGUUGUUCCUUUAUAGUCAUCCUAUCAUGUCUCGUCUCAUCUCAUCUCAUCUCGUCCAAGCAUUCCCAUACACACACAUUCACACAUUCACACAUUCACAGCUCCUCGUCUUCAGUCACGUGCAUCACGUGCGGAUGUUCGGAUAUUCGCUCCCGCGUAUCGCGUACGCGUACAAAGCAUAUACAUUAGAAAGGAGUGUUCCGCUGCUGCUGCUGCUGCUGUAAAAGGGUAAGCAGUAGCAGCUGGCAGCUGGAUGCGGGCAGCUGG